AUAUAAAGAGUCAAGUUCCAUUCCAGAAGUCAUUUAAGUUAUAUUCGUGGAUAUAUACAUCAUGCAAAUAUCAAGUGCAUUCGUUCUUUUCGUCUUUCUCACGAUGGCAUUGUCAGGCACAUACACUCUGGCACGACCCAACGAUCAUGUCGGCGAGAAACAUUUAAAAUCGUCUCCUGUGAUUAAAAACAAAGCUAUACACAAAAGAAGUAUAUCAAGGCUCGUGGAUAACAAACUUAUAGAUACCACGUUUGAGAUCGGAUUAUCCAAAUUCGAGGCAAUCAAAGCUAUCCAACUUGCCAUUUUGCGUAUGUUAUCCACUCAAAUCGACGCAUUAACCGCUCGGGUUCAAAAGAGCGACGUUCUUGAUUUAUUGAAUUUGCCCAUCAUCAAAUUUAUCACUGAAGAAGUCUUGGGUUCGUUAUUAUCGGACACGAAUGACAAAAAUAUCUCACAUUCUGAUUUUCAACAACAAUCAUUCGAUGAACCUUGGUUACGUGAAAAUAUAGAAAUCCCGAUGAUUCAUGAAAAUACAGAUGAAAAAUUAUCGUCAAUGAAGCCAUCGCUUUUUGAAAAAGAAGAAGAAUCUUUGCCAGUGUCCAAUGAGGAAUUUCCUGUUCAAAAAUUUUAAAGGUAUAAUAUAUUUUGUCUUUAGGCGAUUAAUCCAAUCUCUGUUGAAGAUAUAUUUUUUGGAUUUCGUCAUACAAAAGUAAAUCUAACUUUGUUCACGAACUUUCUCUUGAUAUUAAAGAUAGAGAGAUGUUUAUUUUAUCCUAUUGUUUAUUUAAAAAAAGAGAGAGAGAGAGAGAGA